AUUGGUUCGACCGAAGCUUAAAAACGACCAUUUCCCGGCGCUCAUCUCACUGAUAAUUCUCUGACAUUCUUCUUCCCGACCAUUCUCCAACUCUCAUCUUAAAAGCCAUUCUACAACGCUUAUCCCGGAACAAUCAUGAGGCCAGUCACCUGCUCCAGCCUAGACUCGCGGGUGGAGAAAAAGAGCAUCCUGAUGCUGGACGCUACUCUCCUCUAUCUCAACUACAUUGAAGGUGUAGUUCCAGCCAGCAUCUCUUCCAAGCAAGGCAACAAGCAGCUACCGCUUGAGAUAUGGCGCAACAUCCUUGACCUCGCAGCCCGGGACAAUAAUUCCCACCAAUACUUCCUUGUUCAACCCCAAUCUCUCGAGCAGAGCAAGGCCGAAUUUACUACGCUCAUAUGCGCCGCGAUUCCAAAGUGGAAACGAUGUGGCUCGCUGACAGAAGUCAACCUUGUCUAUGAAUACGAAUACUACCUCGCGAGGCCACACGGCUGCCUACAAGAUGGAGGCGAGCGCCCCUUCAUCCUCCCCGGUGAUGAGGCAACUCCCACCGUAUUCAGAAUCCCGACAGUGGCUCUAGACAAGAAGAUACUCUUCGAAAAACUCACCGUCCCGGACGUCAUUGCUUGGCCGGAGCGGGGCCAGUGUUACCUCUGCGAUGGGGGGCGAAUUUUCUGCGCUGGUUGCAGAGACGGCAUAGAGGUUGCUGAAGAGUGGACUUCUGCAUCACGGCUCGGGGACUGCUCGAUAAGGAUGCUGUGCCCGCUCUGCAUGGGCCCCGAAUUCGCUGGGGACAGUAUAUCGAUGCAACAGGCACUGGAGUGGAACUCUGAUACAGAGGGAAUGGAUAAAGAGUACGACGCGUGGGCCCAUAGGCGAUUCACAGAGCUGGGAUACAUGUAGUACGAUUAGGUGUAGAGAGGUGCGCGAGGUGAAGGCUUUCGAGCGGUAGGAAGCUCGGCUCUAGAAACAGGAAAUAGAUGCUAGUUUGCUCUUGU